CCCGUGCCCCGCGCGCUCACGCUCACGCAGUUGGAGGGCUGGCUUCAACUCCGGUGGGAGGUGAUGGAGUCCACUGUAUGGAGAAAGGGGGCGUGGUUUGGAAUCUGGUGCCUGGCUCGCAACCUCUCCCCGCCUCCUUCUCCCCUCCCCUCCCCGCCCUUCACCGCCCCUACCCUCCCCUCCCCUCCGCUUGCCGCCCCUCGGCAGGGCUUUCCUCCACUCUGCGGGGCCCCAACAGUCCGUCCGUAUAUUCCUCCAACCUUCCAUCGAGCCGUGGAUCCGCCCACCCUUCCUUCCGUCUGUCGGUCUGCCGGACCACUGGAAGACCUAGGCCCCAGGCCCUUCCUAGAGCACCGGACACGGCCCGCGCCUGCGCCCGCCCGCCAGCCCGCCAGCCAGCCAGCCAGCCAACGUGUCGCCCACCCCUCAGAGACAAGUCGCUUAGCAACCGUGCCCGAGGCGCAGCCAGGCCUCGCGGCCUGGUCGCCUGCGCAUGCGCGCCUGGAGGACCGGCUUCAGCUCCACCAGCCAGAAGGACGACAGGAGGGCCGAGCGGCCACGGUGAGAGGCGGCCUUCCCGAGUUGGUCGUAUGGACGCCUCCCCUUAGGUCCCAGCCCAACCGAAGCUCCCGGCCUCAGCGGGGAAGUUUCUUUCCCUGUUGGAUUCCCACUGCCAUCAAGGAAACGCAGGCUGAGAUACUAACAGCACACGCCCGAGUCGAGGGCUUGGCUCACCAAUCAACUUCUCCUCUGGGGGCUCACAAGGCAGGAAGUUUAAAGGCUUUCUCGUUCCGCGCCCUCCAGCGCUCAAGGUUCUGGUGGUGGCAGCAACCCAGUUCCAGGCGAGUCUGCCAAAACUCAUCAGAAAACAAAGGGGAGUGUGGUGCAUUUCCUGGGAUGCAGAUCAUGCUGAAAGAAAUAGGAACAGACGUUCCAUCCUAGGUGAAAGACACAGAAGGGAAAUGCCCAGUCCGGACCGGGAAUGGAAGGUCCUUGAUGAGGUGAAAAACAGAACAAAGCAAAGCAAUGGAAAUAGGGGAUGGCCAAGACUUCCCAAGAACAGAAGCACUGACCGGAGCCAAAAGGGGUUUAAGAAGGAAAAGCGAACCCAGUGCCAUGGAACGCGUGUACUGCAGAGGAGGAGGAGGAGAGAAUCAUGGAGAAGACGGAAGAGCACACACAAGCACAGAGAAGAGAGAGAGCGAGUCAGACAGGUGUGGAAUCGGGAUGCGGCCAGGAAGGAGGGAGGCAGAGGGUGCACCUCUGAGGCGGUGUUUGGAGAUUUCAGGGCUGAUAAUGACCCCAAGCCGUGCUUUGGACCACAGGGAGAACCCCCAGGGGGGGUCACGAUGAAGAAGUUCCUAUCCAGGACCACAGGAGGAGAUGUGCUGAGCCCCAACCCAUGCUCUCAGAAGCUUGCAGUCAGGGUGAGCCGACCCCAAACACCCAGAGAGAGCACUUUCCAACAGCAGAGGAUAGCCCCACCGCCCCCAUCCCAUCCCGGGGUCCCUACAUCCCAGCAAGAAGACUGGAAGCUAGCAAAUGAAGUGCUGGUAGGCCAAAACACACAGCUCAACUGGAAGUGGAUCGGUGGUGGUGAAUUUUCCAGAAGGUUGUAGUCGAGUGGAUCAUGCCUUGCCCAAGGGACUUUCCUCUUCCAGAUCAUGGCGCUGUGGUCG